AUGACGUCCCCAGCGGCCCUGAAACUUCUUUACUUCCACCCACCCACUCAUUGAGGCCUCUCACGACCUCAAAUUGUACCACGAAUUUAUCGCCUAUUGUAUCUGGAUAUCCCAUCAGUCCGUCAAGAUGGUUUUAGCCAAGAGCAAGAACAGCGUCGGGCUGGGCAACAGCCUGAUGAACGAUCGUUUCGGCAAAGGCAAGGGCGCAGACAGGAAGAAAGUGUCGGCGCAAGGCAUUCUUCGAACCGACAAAUCGACCGGACAAACCUACGUUACCAAUGCAGCGCAGGAGGCGUCAUGGGUCAAGAUGCGCAGUGUCACAGAACAAGGGGCUCUCGACGAGUUUCUGUCUACCGCAGAACUGGCUGGCACAGAUUUCACGGCCGAGAAGAUGAACAAUGUCAAGAUCAUACACACCGACCAGAAGAAUCCAUAUUUGCUGAGUGCGGCUGAAGAGAGAGGCGCUAGGAGGAAGCAUGCACAGAACCGAAAUAGAUUGACCGUGCCACGCAGACCGAAAUGGGAUGAAAGCACAACGCCACAACAAUUGGACAACCAAGAGAGAGCCAGUUUGCUAGACUGGAGACGGGGCCUCGCCGAAUUGCAAGAGAACGAUGAUCUUCUCAUGACACCAUUUGAGCGCAACAUCGAAGUAUGGAGACAACUAUGGCGAGUCAUCGAAAGAUCAGAUUUGGUCGUGCAGAUUGUCGAUGCCAGAAAUCCGCUGCUGUUCCGAAGUGAGGAUCUUGAAAAAUACGUGAAGGAGGUCCACCCUGAGAAGAGGAACUUACUGCUUGUCAACAAGGCGGAUAUGAUGACUGAGGAGCAGCGGAAGGUUUGGGCCGAGUAUUUCAAUGAGCAAGGCAUAAACUACAAGUUUUUCUCCGCUCAUCUGGCAAAAGAGAUGAACGAAGGGCGCGACGCCCUUGAGGAACUCGAUGCGCGCCAGAUUCAGCAGCAAAUGGACAGAAACAUGCCACAAAAGACCAUGGUCAACAACCUCCAAGACCUUAACCUCAAAGAACAAGAGGAAGAAGAGUGGUCCGAUGAAGAGGAUGAAGAGGCCGGUGAGGAUGAAGACGAGGAUGAGGAGGAAGUAAUCGAGGAGGCGGAAGGGUCGGAAAUCGAGCACGAAGAGCAAUCGCCCGAAGAUACUCGGAUUCUAACGGUGGACGAGCUUGAAGCUUUGUUUUUGGAGAACAUUCCGGAAGAUAGCACCAAAGACCGGAAGACCACCAUCGGUCUGGUCGGCUACCCUAACGUCGGAAAGUCGUCAACUAUCAACGCUUUGAUCGGUGCGAAGAAGGUCAGUGUGUCAUCCACACCCGGCAAGACCAAGCAUUUUCAGACGAUACAUUUGUCGGACAGUGUUAUCCUAUGCGAUUGUCCCGGGCUGGUGUUUCCCAACUUCGCCACUACCAAGGCCGAAUUAGUAUGCAAUGGCAUCCUACCGAUCGAUCAACUACGAGAGUUCACGGGACCAGCUGGACUCGUUGCUUCAAGAAUACCACAGGCAUUCCUGGAGAAUGUGUACGGCAUGAAGAUCGUGACGAGACCGGUCGAGGAAGGUGGUACAGGGACACCAACCGCUCCAGAGAUACUCAGAGCCUAUGCCAAAGCCCGUGGGUUCACUACCACAGGCCACAGUGGACCAGACGAGUCCCGCGCAGCACGGUACAUCUUGAAAGACUAUGUCACAGGCAAAUUACUGUUCUGUCAUCCACCUCCACACGAGCCGGAAAUUGAUGGAAACGAGUUCAAUGAGGCUUUGUAUGACUUUGCGCAUCUGCCUGCGAAGCGACAGGCUUGGCUGAUCGCCCACAAUGACGAGGCCACUGUCGAUGGCGAGACUGAAUCACAGGCGGCAUUACCGGUGCGGCCAUUAGGAAAGGGGAAACGAUCGAAGCAGCUUGACAAGAGGUUCUUUGGUCCGGGUUCGAGCAGUGCAGGACACCUGAGUAUGCCGUUCAAUCACCAAUAUACAGAGCAGGGAAUACAGCAGAAGGAGCUUACUGGACGAAAGGCGCGGACAAUGGUGGCUCUGGAAAAGAACAUUGACCCUGCUGAGGUGAGGUUGAACAGCAAGAAGCAUUUCAAGGGUGCACGGACGAAGGCUCGCACUGCGAGAGAGGCCGCGGCUGAAAAAGAUGAUGAUUAAAUGCCAGUCUGGGGGUGAUAUGCCCUUGAGUCACUCAUCGAGACUCAGUGGGAGACACUGCGAAGGGUGACAUCGGAUCAAUGUAUCUUCGACAGCUGCUCAUCGAGCAUACUGUGCCUAGUGAUGGAGUUCAAGCAAGCACAGCAUAGUGUCCCAAUCAAGACCAGGCCGCAAUGUCUCACUUGCUUUCUGACCCUCACCAUUCCUUGCGGUGGCGGCCGCCGCACACACGCUGACCCUCUCACGCCAUCUACUUCACCUCUCUUGUAUCUGGCGCCCUCCAGCCUU